AUGUCCAAAGAGCCACUGGUGGGGCCACAGCCCACCCAUAGCCUGCAGAAAAAACACCGCUGUGACAAAUGUCUGAAACGUUUCAGAUGGAAGAAAUGUCUGAAAAUCCACCAACGGAUUCACACUGGAGAGAAGCGCUAUCUCUGUGACCAGUGUGGAAAGGCUUUCAUUCAUAAGGGUAGUCUUAACAGUCAUCUGCGAAGCCAUACUGGUGAAGAGCCUUACAGAUGCAAUCAUUGUGAGAAGAGAUUCAAAAAAUCCUCAACGCUAAAACGUCAUCAGCGAAUCCACACUGGAGAAAAACCUUACAGCUGCGAUCGUUGUGAGAAGAGAUUCAAAAAUUCCUCAACGCUGAAACGUCAUCAGCGAACCCACACUGGAGAAAAGCCUGAUCCACAUAAGACAGCAGCAACAUCUGGAAUCAAGCGAGGAGCUGAAGAAAAACCUUACAGCUGCGAUCGUUGUGAGAAGAGAUUCAAAAUUUCCUCAACGCUGAAACGUCAUCAGCGAAUCCACACUGGAGAAAAACCUUACAGCUGCGAUCGUUGUGAGAAGAGAUUCAAAAUUUCCUCAACGCUGAAACGUCAUCAGCGAAUCCACACUGGAGAAAAACCUUACAGCUGCGAUCGUUGUGAGAAGAGAUUCAAAAAUUCCUCAACGCUGAAACUUCAUCAGCGAAUCCACAGGAAUCCUCCUGUCUUCUGUCACUACGGUGACAGUUGGUGCUGUCUGUAA